AUGCUCGCCCGACCAGCAACCCGCGUCCCCUUCGCCGCCGUCGCCCGCCGUGGCUUCCACUCCACCCGACCUCGAUUCGCCUCGCCCUACCACUACCCCGAGGGCCCACGCAACAACAUUCCCUUCAACCCGCUCACACGCUUCUUCUACGUGAGGUAUUGGGGAUCAAUGGCCUUCGCCUUUUCCAUUCCCUUCCUUGUCGCAGGUAAGCUAUGGCAGUGUCACUCCUCGACACCUCCCAAAGACAUCAUGCACAAUCUUCGGAACACAAGGCAUGACAAGCUGGAAUUUCAAGAUGCCACCCUCAGCGCCACUGCUUGGGAUGUGAACGAUGAUUCCACCAUUCUGGCUUUCGGGCCAACCGCCGACAGUCCAGUCAUUACUCUCAAACGACUACUGAACGAUGCGCAGCAUCCGGCCGAUGCCUCGACCAUUGCUUCGUGGGACGCUCCAUCUCCCAAUCCAGACCUCGCUGUGGAUCACAUUCUGAACUUGCACUACUUCCCGGAUUCGAAAGCGAUAUCCCUGGUUCUCGCUGGAGGCGACAUCGUUGUCGUUCGCGAAGAUCCACAACCCGGCGAGGACCUGAUCGAGAUUGUUGGCUCGGUCGACGCGGGCAUCACCGCUGCAGCAUGGAGUUCAGACGAGGAACUCUUGGCCGUGACGACCCAAGCGCAGACACUAUUGUUGAUGACGAGAUCGUUCGAGAGCGCCGCCAAUAUUGCUCUUACACCCGAGGAUGUAAACGUGUCCAAUCAUGUUUCGGUCGGCUGGGGUAAGAAGGAAACGCAGUUUAAGGGGCGCGGGGUGGCCAAGACUUUGCGAGAUCCAACUAUGCCGGAGCAUGUGGACGAAGGAACACUCAGUUCGCUUGACGACGGCAAUGUCUCGAUCAGCUGGAGAGGCGAUGGCCAGUACUUCGCCAUCAACAGCAUUCUGGAUGUUCAGCCAAAACGACGAAUCAUCCGUGUCUACUCGAGGGAUGGUGUCUUGGAAAGUGUCAGUGAGCCGGUCAACUGCCUUGAAGGGCCGCUAAGCUGGAAGCCAAAUGGACAACUGAUCGCUGGAGUUCAACGCCUGGAUGACGUUGUCCGGGUUGUAUUCUUCGAGCGCAAUGGUCUUCGCCAUGGAGAGUUCGAUCUUCGCCCGGACAGCCAUUCGACUCCUUCCCACAUUAGUCUGGAGUGGAAUAUAGACUCCACUGUCCUUGCAGUAUCUAUGCGAGACCGAGUACAGCUUUGGAUCAUGAGUAACUACCAUUACUAUCUCAAACAAGAGACAAGGCUUGGCGAUAGCAGCAGCUCUUAUCCCUGGAUAUCGUGGCAUCCCGAAAAGCCGCUUCAUCUAUCAGCGGCAAACAAUGGCAAGCUUCGGAGUCUGUCGUACAGAGGUGAAGUGUGCCGAGGAUCAGUCACUCCGCCAAACGAUCUUGGAACGGUGGCGGUGAUCGAUGGUCAAGUCUUGAAAAUCACCCCUCUUCGUCGUACCAACAUUCCACCGCCCAUGGCAUAUGAGGAGAUUGCACUUCCAGCAAACGCUCUGGAUGUUGCCAUUCAUGAGGCGGGCCAUGAAAUUGCAGUGCUUCACCACGACUCUAUAACACUCUGGACUUGCGAUUACUUUGCAAAGCCAGCCAAGAAGGCCACUUUGACAUCGACCUUGAUACGACACGAUCACGUCUACACAGACAAUGACGAUGUUGAGGCUUCUCGUUGGGCCAGAGUAGUGGACUCAGAGCAUCUACACAUCCGGACGGACCAUGACAGAAUAUCUUACUUCGAGCAGAACACCCACGCAACGUCCGACCCUUGCGAAGUCUCAUGGAGAGCGCCGGGAGGAGUUCAGCUAUCCUGCAGGAUCAAGGAAAGUGGCCUGCUCCGCGUCCAGCAGAAUGAGCAGCCACUGCAAAUUACUGGUUGCACGUCCUACAUCAUCACUGCAUCGCAUCUAAUAUACACCACAAAUCAGCACAGGCUUAAGUUCAUCCAUUUGCACCCAGGUCGAUUGGAAAUCGCCGGCGAUGAGCCGGAGAAAGACGAGAGAUGCCGCAGUAUUGAACGAGGAGCGAAGAUCAUCACUGCCAUACCCAGUGCGUACUCUGUCAUCCUCCAAAUGCCACGCGGAAACCUGGAAACAAUCUAUCCUCGAGCUCUCGUUCUCGCUGGUGUUCGUCAAAGCGUUCGAGACAGGGACUACAAGAAGGCUUUCCUGACGUGCAGAACGCAGCGGGUGGACAUGAACAUCCUGCACGAUUACCUGCCGGAUCAAUUCAUGCAGGAUGUGGGACUGUUUGUGAAGCAAGUGAAGAAGACGGAGUACAUCGAUCUCUUCCUCAGCUCCCUAUCAGAGGAGAAUGUGUCCGAAACGAUGUAUCGCGACACCAUUGCCCCUGUUGAAGAGCCGACUGUCAACGGCACCGCCGAGCUCAGCCAGGCUUCAAUUCCUUCCAAGAUCAACAAGAUCUGCGAUGCUUUCCUGAAGGUGUUGCGCACUCAGGAUACCGAAAACCUGCAAAACAUUGUAACGGCGCAUGUCUGCAAGAAACCCCCAGAUCUGGAGUCCGGAUUGAAGCUCGUCUCGGAACUCAGAUCGAAGGCAGGCGAGGCUGGGCUGGAGGAGGCAGUGGAGCAUAUCUGCUUCCUUGCGGACGUGAAUCGGCUCUACGACACUGCCCUCGGCCUCUACGAUCUUGAAGUCGCACUCCUGGUGGCACAGCAAGCUCAGAAAGACCCACGCGAAUACAUCCCCUACCUCGAAGCUCUUCACAACAUGCCGCAACUACGCAAGCAAUUCACCAUCGACAACGACCUCAAGCGAUACAACAAAGCCAUUACCCAUCUACAUGCGCUCGAUGUUUUCGAUGAAUUAAAACACUACAUGACGAAGCAUGAGCUCUUCUCUGCCACGAUCGACCUCUAUCGCUACGACAAUGCUCGCCUUAGUGAGCUCAUGCGGCUCUAUGCAGACUUCCUAAGCAACCGGAAUCGGUUCCCAGAAGCAGGCGUUGCUUACGAGUCCAUCUCCGACUACCGCUCAGCGUACGAGGCGUAUGCCUCAGCGAACUUGUGGCAAGAGUGCUUGUCCAGUGCAUCGUUGGUCCCACUCUCUACAUCCGAUCUUUCCAACCUAGCCAGCUCCCUUGCAGAUGGCAUGGAGGAGAUCAAGAACUUCACAGCCGCCGCUGCAAUCCACCUGGACUACCUGAACGAUCUGGACACUUCAGCCAGAUUGCUCUGCAAAGGGUACCUCUUCGCGGAGGCUAUCCGGCAAAUCACCCUCCAUCGAAAGCCGGAACUGCUCUCAAGCAUCAUCGAUCCCGGGCUCGUGGAUGCUUCCGCAUCUCUGACUGAAAUGCUGUCCGAGAUGAAAUCUCAGCUAGGCGCUCAAGUCCCUCGGCUCCGCGAAUUGCGACAGAAGAAAGCGGAGGACCCCAUGGCAUUCCUCGACGGCGCAGAAGGUGGCGGUGGCGACACAGACAUCCCCGACAACCUUUCACUAGCUGGCACGGAUGCAUCCACAACGGGAGGCACGUUUAUGACACGGUAUACCAAUCAGACAGACGGCACUCUGGCCACGAAUGCCACUCGCAAGACAUCGAAGAACAGACGGCGAGAGGAGCGGAAGCGGGCGAGGGGAAAGAAGGGGACAGUCUACGAGGAGGAGUAUCUGGAGAACUCCAUUGCUCGCUUGAUCGAGCGAUUGAAUGAUACGAACGGCGAUAUUAUCGAAUUGAUACGUUGCUUGAUGCGACGGGGAAUGAGGGAGCGGGCAUCGGCCGUACAAGUUGCGAUGGCAGACGUAAUGGAGAUCUGCAGAACGUGCAUGGACGAGGUAUUCGCGCCCAACGCCAUGGUGGGCAACGUGGAUGGAGACCAACAGCAGACGGAGACCAACGGUGUUUCAAGGCCUUGGGGCGGAGAGGGGGUUCUAUGGGAAGCGAUGAGGACACAGCGAAAGGAGGCGCCGGUGUUGAAGUCCUUUGAUACCCUCACGCUAUGCUAA